AUGAUGGAAAGUGUUUGCGGUUCAGCACAUAUUCGGGUGCUCGUCAUACCUGCUAGUGAUAAUUGGCCAAGAUCUAAAUUUUUAAGCUACGUAGAUCGAUUGCGAUCUGUUCUAGAGGUUAGACUGGUAGACAUUACUCCGAUUGCAGAUUCACAUUUUAAUCCACAAAGAUUCCCACAGGGUAAGUUAUUCUUUGAUAUCCAAACAAAUCUGCAGGAUGAAUCAUCAAUGUUAUUCCUUUAUGAUUUUGAGCCUUACAGAAAGACAUUUGUCGUUAUUGGAUUAUGUGAGGGUAGCCCUGUUGAAGAAGAUGCUAAAGAAAGAUUGCAUAUUCUUGAACAGAAGUAUCCAAAUUCUAUUAGUCAUUGUUUAAUAUACGAGGAUUCUUUUCGUGAGAAAGGUGCAUUUUGUAACGUUUUUGGUUUUGGAACGUCUACGGAAACUAUUAUGUGUGACGUAGGUAGGAUAUUUCUGCAAGCAUUAAGUCAUUAUUACAGUUCUUACAAACAUGUAACUCUGCGAUCCCCUGGAGCUAUUGGUGGAAAUUCAGUCGUCAAAACAACGUUUGUAUGCAAACCAGUCAAUUCAGUUAAACGGCUUUCAGGAUCACUUGAGUCAAAUAGUUCAAUGGGCAAAAAGUCGUCGAUGAAAAAUGGGGCGAUUUCAGCUUCUUCUGGAUCAGACAAAUCACAACAGCGGGCUAAAGCUCGUCAGUUAAAGAUUCUUGCUAAUUUUCAACUAUUAGCAGGCCAGUAUAUUGACUCAUUGGCAAACUUUUCUGAAGCGGCAUCCAUUGCCCACAAGAUACAUGACUACUUAUGGUUAGGUAGUUCUUUAGAGGGAGUCGCUAUUUCCAUGAUCUUAUUGUCCUACUUGAAUGUUCAAUUUCAGAUACCUGCCAUUGUUACUUUAAUGUGUCCUUCUAAAUCAAUUACUGCUUCAACAAAUACUUCACCAUCCCAGCGCAGUUCGACGUCUUCGAAUGGUAAUACUACAUUUGGGUCUCAUCAAUCUCCAAGAAGUUCCAAUAGUGGUGUUGCCUCUACCCCGUUCAAUUCCAAUGAAACUCUUUUGGGGAAUGUGCUGAAAGCUAUUAACGAUAAAAUCCUUCACUAUUAUGAGUUGUCAUUGAGUCAUAGCAUAGAGUAUACUCCUCAAGUUGUGUACUGCCAAAAUUUAUUGAGAAUUUUAAGAUUUAUGUGUGAAUGUAGCACCGGAUCCUUCCUAUCUGAGUCUGUAUUAAAUUCAGUUGUACUUGGUAUUUCGCAAAAUUAUGAAAGAUGUGAGAGCAUGGAUCCUUGUUUGUAUUCAAAGAUGGAAAUUUAUCAGCUUUCUAACAGAUUCUUCGAACUUCAAUUAAAAUAUUUGGAUAUUUCAAUGCAGAUUCGGUUGUACCUCGGGCUAGCAUCCAUUUACAAAGUUUUGGAAUUUAGCAGAAAGAGAGCCUUUGUGAUUAGAAAGUUACUUUCGUCACUCUUAACACAUCUAGACCAAGUUCCAUGGUGUUCUGAAUAUGAUAUAUUGGUUGAUGACAUUCUGGAGACUUAUGAUAUAAAGUCUUGGACACCAGAAUCUAAUACAAGUGAUGCAAGGGAAAUCAAAUGGUUCACAUUACAAAAGAAUGUCUUGAUGUUAUUGAUAAACGUUGCACAGAAGACGAACAAAAAUGAUGAUGUUAUAAGGUUUUCCAAAUGGGCUAUUACUCGUUAUUCACACCUUUUGACCCAGAUUGAAGAAGCUAAUUUGGUCAAGUCUAUACUAGCUCCAGCGGAAAACUCAAAGGAGAAAGUUGAAUACUGGGAUCCAUUUAUAUUAAGGAAGGUAAGGCUAAUAAAAACCGAUCAUGAUAAAGAAAUACCUAUCAGGAAGGUCAUAGAAAAUGGAAAAACUAUUGAUUUGAAUGAUGAUCAAGUUUUCAACCCAUUUAAGGAUGCAAACUUAGCUGCUGUUGAGCGGCCUCAAAAUUGGUGUAAUACUUUUUUGGUGUCAGAGACAGCAGAACUUAGUUUUUCUGUUCAGAAUCCAUUCAAGUGUAACCUAGAGAUUACAUCUUUAUCUUUUUGUGAUGAAGAUGCAAAGAUCAUGAAACUUUUAACAAACGAUAUUACUAAUGAAUCUCCAAUCAUUGUGAAACCAGGCAAUAUCCGUACAAUACAUUAUCCCAUUGUAUUCAUAAAUGAGACUACCUCUAUAUAUAAGAUAACGCAUUUAAAAAUUGGUGUGUUCCAACUGCCAGCAAGAGAGUAUCCAAUUUGCCAACUUGAACAGAUAAAUCCUGCAUUUGAUCAAAGAGCCGAUCUUGGAGAAUAUUGCUUCUCAGUUAUUCAAGAACAACCCCAGCUGGAAGUUUUAUCAUCAAGUUUACCAAACUAUUCCUGUAUGGCCUUGGAGGGCUCAAAAAAACAAUUCACUUUGAAAAUACACAAUUCUUCGUUAUCAAAAGCAGCAAAUUAUUUGAUGAUUUCCAGUACUACUAACGUUGAAAAGCAAUUGAAACAUGACUACUGGAGGAAUACUAUGGCUGAUGAGUUACAUGAUACAGAGUUACAAUUAAAGUUACUGCACGAGAAUUUUAUUAGGGUUCUAAAUUUACCAACUGAGGUAAAGCCUAAUGAAGUACUCAAUAUUGAUAUUGAAAUUGAUAUAACAAAUGCUACCUUGGAGCUUGAACAGUUUGAAAUUAUAUUCACCUAUGGGUGUAGGGGAGAGGAUAAUAGUGUUGCUUUUAUCAAACAAUUAUCGAUUCCAUUUAAUAUUACAAUAAAGCGAAGUGUCGAAAUCACCAAUAUGGAAAUCAUAUCUCUACAUGAGGAAUUACCUGAUUCCAUCCAUAUUGAUUGGAUUCGGUAUGUAAAACAAGAAUGUGCCGAGCAUGAUCUCACUUUCUCUGAUUUUGCUCUAAUGUUGCUGGACGUUAGAAACUCAUGGAUCAACAAGACAACCUUAAGACUUGGAUAUGACAGCUUUAAAGCGGAUGAACAUGUACUUGGAACGUAUCAUUCUAGAAGGCUUAUUAUACCCAUUAAGAAGAUAGGGUUUGAUACUAAGUUUGAAAAGAAACCUAUUCCUGCAAUUGUCACUGGUAGACAGUUUGUACAUAGCGGCUUAACUAAGGGACAAGAACAAGAAUUGAGAAUUAAAUUUUGGUGCAGAGAAUACAUCCUAUCAAGGCUAAAAUGUCAAUGGGAAAUCAAUUCUGAUAUAGGUUCGGUAGACUUUCGUUCAUUCAUACCAAAGUUAGAUGACAGCUUUAUUAAUAUAAUUUACCGCGGUGGCAGGACACCUUACAAGCUUGAGCUAACUACUCCCAAAUCAAAGGUUUCAAUUGGUGAAGAGAUUUCAAUACAGGCAAACAUCGAUUCAGGUGAACUCACAUCCAUUAACAAAUAUAUUUCCGUACAAUUUCAAUUUUUUGAACGUCGGACUGGGAAACCUAUUCCUGAAUCAAACAAGAUAUUGUUGUACAAUGGUACCUUGACAAAAUCCAUAAACUUGAAAACAAGCAACAAAAUCGAACUGAAAGUGAUGCCAAUAGAAAGAGGUGAAUAUGAGUUUCAGAGUCAUAUAGUAGGUACUGAAACCACUGCAUAUUACUUUUUACACGUGAUUUAA